AUGACCGUGUUCAAGACCGCUCUCGGAAGAACACCCCGCAUCGUCACCACCGCCACUACCCCGCGCAUUAGUAGCAGCAUCAGCAACACCAGCGCCCUCGUACUCGCCCGCCUCGCGUACAAGCAGCACCCCGCCAUGUCCGUCACGACCCAGCAAGAGGCCGCCUACAAGCGUAACCCGCACUCCGACUUCAAAGCCGUCGAGGCCUCGCGCCCAGCCUGGGACGCAUCGUCCACGUUCCGGUACACGCAGACGGUCGACCCGUCCUGGGCAUUUGGCGGCGGCGCCAAUGCGCUCCACGACUCCUCCUCCACCUCUUCCUCCUCCUCUUCCAAGAAACACAUCGCCAUCGACCCGUACGAACCAGGCCGUCCAGCGCCAUUCAACUACAAACUACUAAUCUCGUCGAUCGUGCCGCGGCCAAUCGGGUUCGUAUCAACAAUAUCGGCCGAGGGCAAGACCAAAAACCUGGCGCCGUUUAGCUACUUCAACAUGAUCAACCACGACCCGCCGCUCUUCGUGCUAGGAUUCGCCGGGUCCCUCGACUCCCCCAAGGACACGCUGCGCAACCUGCUCGACAGCCGCGAGUGCACCGUCAACAUCAUAUCCGAGAGCUUCAUCGAGGCCGCCAAUGCGACGAGCGUCGACGCGCCGUACGGGUCUUCGGAAUGGGACGUCAGCGGCCUCACACCCAUAAAUGACUGCGUCGACGUGAAGGCCCCGCGCGUGCGCGAGGCUGUGUUUAGUGUGGAGUGCCGCCUCGAGAGCGUCCGCGAGUUCGAGAGCCGCGCCACGCCGGGCAAGAAGACGGGCGCCAUGGUCGUGCUCGAGGGCACGCGCUUCUGGGUGCGCGAGGACGCUGUCAAUGAGGAGCGCAACAUGGUUGCGCCCGAGGUGCUGCGGCCCAUGAGUCGGCUCGGCGGCAUCUCGUACGGCCGCACGACCGAGGCGAUUGAGAUACCCCGGCCUGUAUUCGAGAAGGAUGUCGGGGGCGCCGAGGGCUUUGAGAAGUUGAGGAAGGCGGCGGAUGGGACGGGGAAAUGA